CAAAACUACGGUCCACGUCACAGGUCAAAGCUGUCGUGUUCUGGAUGUUAACGAUGAUCUCUCUUGUUGUCGUCGCCAUCGUUGUCAUUUGUACAACGAUGUCAGAUGGCGCUUCAAGUAACCAUACUUCAGUUUAUUGCCAUAUGACGCACCAUCGUAUCUGUCAGUUACAUUCCAACGAGCACCAGAUCUAUUGUGCCAAUAAUGGCAAGAAGUACCACGGCCUAUGUGCCUAUCUACUCGCCCACUGUGAGCACCAGAUCUCUGUGGUGGGCUUCGGCGUAAACUGUACCCACAUCCACCUCACAAUUCCAACCCCCCCUCCACCUUCCCAUUUUGAGCGUGGCCUCUAUGGUGCGAUAACCAACGGUAUUGACCACAGGCUAAAAGCGGUCAAAGCAAGAAACAUCCCGGUAGCUUUUGCAAAGAAGGUGUACACCAAACAGGAUCAUGCUCACAAAGUGUACAUUCGCAACAAGGACUGCUGGGCGUAUGGCCUUGACCUGACCUCCAUUUCACCCUGGAACAGCCACAUGGCAAAUAGGAAUGCUGGAACUCUGGUUUCUCCAAGACACGCUUUGUGGUCAAGGCUUCACAGCAUCAAGGUCAACUCCACUCUCAGAUUUGUUGAUCAAAACAACAAUGUAGUUGAGCGCCGUGUCAUCAAGUCAAAAACUGUGUCCGGACCCAACGUCCACGGAAUAUCUGGUCAUGAUAUUGUGGUGGGUGAACUGGACAGGGAUGUUCCCAACACCAUCUCCUUCUCUAAAGUGAUGCCCAGAAACCUGACCAAAUUCUUUGUGCCUUACAAUAUUCACAUUCCAGCCAUGAGCACAGACCAGGAGGAGAAGGCUCUUGUGGAUGACUUUUACUUUUACUCCUCCACCAACGCGAGACUACGUGCUCCUCUGAGAACAUCCAUCAGGCACGACUUCUACGAGUACAAGGUGACCACCGACAGUGGCAACCCUACCUUUUUCGUAAUCGACAACCAGUUGGUUCUGUUGUUUGUGUUCACAAUAGGCGGUGCUGGAGGUGGGACGUCCAUCAAUCACUACUUUGAUCAGAUCAACGAGAUCAUGGUCAAAGAAGGAGGCGGCUACGAGCUUACGGAGAUGGAUCUCAGUGAGUUCCUGGAACCGGGAAAAUCAUUACCACACCUUAUUGGGAAAUAAAGCCUGGCUUAGUA